AAGCGGAAGUGUGGGUUUGUGUUGUUCAGUAAACGUUCUGCUAGCUUCACGAGCCACCACGCAAAUUCUGCAUCUAACUGUCGCUUAAUUGUUAUUAUUUUUCACAAAUCUCUGAAGUGCAGCAGUUUCAGCAGCCAAGAUGUUCAACCGAAUGACAAGUCUAUGGAUGGGUGAUUUAGACCCAUACAUGGAUGAAAACUUCAUUAAGCAAGCUUUCAGCACUAUGGGAGAGACUGCAUACGGUGUCAAAAUAAUUACACAUCGACUUACCGGAGGCUCGGCUGGAUAUUGUUUUGUGGAGAUGGCAGAUGAGGCCAGUGUUGACCGUUGUGUGCAGAGGCUUAAUGGGAAGCUGGUUCCAGGAUCGAAUCCGCCCAGGAAGUUCAAGCUUAACUACGCAACAUAUGGGAAAAGGCCAGAGCCUGGCCCAGAAUUUUCUGUCUUUGUUGGAGAUCUCACGUCAGAAGUGGAUGACUACCAGCUUCAUCAGUUCUUUCUGAAAAAAUUCCCUUCAUGCAAAGGCGCCAAAGUUGUCACUGAUCCUCUUGGGAACUCCAGGGGUUAUGGCUUUGUGAAGUUUAGCGAUGAGAAUGAACAGAAGAAAGCCCUCGAGGAGUUUCAGAACGCAUCCGGCCUGGGAGGAAAACCCAUCAGGAUAAGCAUUGCCGUCAACAAAGGCAAUAAAACAAGCAGUUACCACAACCAGAAUAACAGCUACAACAGCAACUAUCAACAGCAGUACUAUCAACAGCCCUACAACAGUUACUAUCCUCAGUGGGGUUAUGAUCAGUACAGCGGUUAUAACUACGGCUACAACCCAUAUGCUACCCCCCCUCCAGUUCCACAUGGAAUGAUGGGACCACCCCCACCUAUGGGGAUGCCCCCCGUGGCCUCUGACAUGCAGGGAUCCACAGAGCAGUCACAUGAUGGCACUGAGGAUGCUGAGGAGGAUCCAGCUGAAGACCCAAACCCACAGGUGGAUGUGGAAACAUUAAAUAGGCAAUACAUGGAGCGCAGUGAGGAGCUGUACGAUUCGCUCAUGGAUUGCCACUGGCAGCCAUUGGACAGUGUCACAUCUGAAAUUCCUAUGAUGAAUGGCUCCUGACUGUCUUAACCAACCACCGUCCAGGAUUAUUAUACUUUCUGAAGGAAAAUGCCUUUUAUAAUGAUCUGAGCUAGUUUUUCAGAGAGUGUUUUCCCUCCUUUUCAGCCUUUUAUUUGGAGCUUUAUUCGAGCAGGAAAGAUGCUUUCUUCAUGUGUGUCCAUCACAUUUUUUCUUUUUUUUUCAAAGUUAGGAAGUAAUGGUUUUGUUGGACAGGUUUUUUU